AUGCAGUCUAUCCGACAACCCCUGCGCUCUGCGCUAUCAAAGGCCGCAACCAGGCAGUAUGCGACCGCUUCCUCGCAGUAUGCCGAGACGAUUAAGAACCUUCGCAUCAACAGCGACACAAAGGUUCUGUUCCAGGGUUUCACUGGAAAGCAGGGAACCUUCCACGCACAGCAGGCAAUUGAAUACGGCACAAAGGUUGUUGGAGGCACAAACCCCAAGAAGGCCGGCACCCAGCAUCUCGGACUGCCCGUCUUCAAGAAUGUGGCAGAUGCUAUGAAGGAGACCCAAGCUACCGCUACUGCCAUCUUCGUUCCCCCACCGGUCGCUGCCGCGAGUAUCGAAGAGGCUAUUGCCGCCGAGGUUCCUCUGAUUGUGACUAUCACUGAGGGAAUUCCCCAACACGUAGACAUGGUGCGCAUCACAGAUAUGCUCAAGUCCCAGAGCAAGUCUCGCAUGGUCGGCCCUAACUGCCCCGGUAUCAUUGCUCCCGGUCAAUGCAAGAUUGGUAUCAUGCCUGGAUUCAUUCACAAGCGCGGCCGCGUUGGUAUCGUCUCUCGUUCCGGAACUCUUACCUACGAAGCUGUCAACCAGACUACCCAAGCCGGCCUUGGUCAGUCCCUCGUUGUUGGUAUUGGUGGUGACCCCUUCUCUGGUACCAACUUCAUUGACUGCCUGAACGUCUUCCUCAAGGAUGAAGAGACCGACGGUAUCAUCAUGAUUGGUGAGAUUGGUGGUUCUGCUGAGGAGGACGCUGCCGACUUCCUGAAGGAGUACAACACCGCCAACAAGCCUGUUGUUAGCUUCAUUGCUGGUAUCUCUGCCCCACCAGGCAGGAGAAUGGGUCACGCUGGUGCCAUUGUCAGCGGUGGUAAGGGUGAUGCCAACUCCAAGAUCACCGCACUUGAGGCCGCCGGUGUUACUGUCGAGCGCUCCCCUGCCAAGCUCGGAGCCACUCUGUACGACCAGUUCGUCAAGCGCGACCUGAUAUAG